ACCAGCCACACAGAGAAGACAGGAGUUGGGACCAGAGUCACCGUGUCCAGACAGCGAGAUAGACAGGUCAUUCUGGGUGUGGCCUUCUCUUUGAGGAAUCAGGGAGACCAGCGGAGGGUCGUCAGGAAUUGUUGGGCAUUUCCUCUCUCAGGGCCAAGGACCGUCCCUGUCCUGGGCUGUGACAGGAGAAUGAAAAGCCGAAGAUGGCGGUACACUCAGCUGCCCACCCAGGUGGAGGACACCCUGUCUGGGGAGGAGGGCGAGGAGGAGGAGGAGGAAGAAAAGAAAGAGGAGGAGGCAGUCCCAGCCCCGGCCCCUCAGGACCCUGUGGAGCCUCAGCUGACAGAAGCCAGCCAGGUCCUGGGCGCCUCAGAGAUUAGGCAGCUCAGUCUCCACUUACCCCCAAGAGUCGCUGGCCGCCCCUGGAGUCUGGUCUUUUGCACAUCAAAGGAUGGCUUCAGUCUGCGGAGGCUGUACCGCCAGAUGGAGGGUCACAGUGGACCAGUCCUGUUGGUGUUGAGAGACCAGGAUGGGCAGAUGUUUGGUGCCUUCUCCUCCUCAGCUAUCCGACUCAGCAAAAGCUUCUACGGUACUGGCGAGACCUUUCUCUUCUCCUUUGCCCCACAACUAAAGGUCUUUAAGUGGACAGGAAGUAACUCUUUCUUCGUGAAAGGAGACCUGGACUCACUGAUGAUGGGCAGUGGAAGUGGCCAGUUUGGGCUGUGGCUGGAUGGAGACUUGUACCGUGGGGGAAGUUACCCCUGUGCCACCUUCAACAAUGAAGUGCUGGCCCGGCAGGAGCAAUUUUGCAUCAAGGAGCUGGAGGCCUGGGUUCUGAGCUGACACCUCCCAGGAUCAGAGAUGCUCAGGUCACUUUUGGAUGCUGCCCAGGUCUUCCUCACACAGGACAGCCAUUCUGCCUGACUCAGGAUGGCGAAGAAUCCUCAUGUGGACUGUGGCUCUCAGCCAGCCUCCUUAUGGCCCGAAAACCCAGGGCAGGAACAGAGGCAGCCACUGUUCUCCAGCAGAGCUGACUGUGAAGGUGUGAAAGACACUCUUGCUGAAGAAGCAGGACAUCUUUCUUUAUAGGAUUUGACAAUUCCUAGAGAACUCAGAAGACCAAAAAACAAACAAAAAAAACCCAUACAAAACAACAACAAAACCCUGCACUGCCACAUUUCCAUAUCCUUCCAAACAAGUCAGGUGUGUACACACGUGCACACACACACACACGUGCACACACACACACACACACACACACACACACACUUCUAUUUUGUAUGUUUUAGAGAUUACUUUUACUUGAAGAAUGCUGUCAAGCCUCAGAAACCUGGGCUCAGCUACUGGAAACUAAUAAAGCGUAGAAGUAUCCAUCAUUUUA